AUCAUGCGAAAUAGUAGUUAUUUUUUGAAGACAGCCUUUUUUUUUUUUUUUUUUGCCAAAUAAAUUGAAGAUUGUUUUUGUGAAUUUUAUAUGCAUUGAAAGAAAUAUUGGGUCCAUGCUACUUUCUGCUGCUGGUAAAUUUGUAGGUGAAUUAUGAGAAUGAAUGCAAUGACUGAUCUAAGGGCCAGAUGCUUUGUUUUAUUUUUGGAUUAAUUUGAUGUGAAGAUGGACAAAAUAACUUGGAAGAAGGAAAUGUUGAGCGACUCAUGAGAGGACAGACAAAAUUUAAUUUGUUUAUUUUUUUAACAAGUUUUAAUUGGAUUAAUUAUAAGUCAAAGUUUUUUUGUAAGUUUGGAAAAUUGAUGAAUUCUAAUACAUUUUCAUGUAAUAAUGAGAGCUUUUCGAAUGAAUUUUUAACCGGACAAAGAUAAGUUAAAUUUUGUUGUCUUUUUAUCCAAAGAUGAGUGAAAUUUAAAUAAUUUAAUUUGUUGUUCGAGCAAGUUUUUUUACGAUCCAUGAUUCAAGAAUUUUUACUUACAAGGGAGCCAAACUCCCAGGUCCAAGUUUUAUACUUUUUUUUUUUAUUUCAUUUCAACUUAGAAUUCCGCUAUGUUUCUUGAAAAAUGGAGCUCCAAUGGCCCGAAUGUGUUGGCAAGACUUCCUCUUGUCUUCUGUCUAGUUGUCCACACCUAUGUGAAACUACGCAUUUGAUUUCCAAAAAAAAGAAGAGAGAGUAGAGAGAGAGGACAACAAAACUAUUAUGGACAACCUAACAAAAUUGGCCGACCUAUGUGCCGUUGCUGACCAUCAGCUUGGGUGCUGCUGCUGACCAUCGACCUGGGUUACCACGAAUUAAGGGUGUAACUCGAGCGGGUUCGAUCGGGUUGGAAGAUUGUCCAAGUUCGAUCGGGUUGUUUCUCACUCCAUUUUUGGUUGUAGGUUUAGGUAGGCAAUUGAAAGACUGCGAUAGCAUUUUCCAGUGUUUCGGAUUCCACCAAGAAGAAUAAUUGAGUGCAAGAGAACAUUUGGCUAGCUUCUUUUUCUUUUUCUUUUGAGGUGGGGCAGUUGGGAACUUGUGGUUUCUAAUCGCUAUUGAGCAAAGUUGUACAAGAUAAUCUUAAUUUGAUAUGCUACUUUGUUUUGCAUUUCUCAUCUUGAAAUCGAAUUUGGGUAUUCACCGACGAUGAUGACGACGACGACGAAGGCCAUCGACCUGGGUUUUACUGGCAGCCGUCGUUGACCACCAACCUGGGUAGACCACCACCAUCCACCUCUCUUCGAAAUCUCCACCGCCGACAAUGUUGCGCACUUGUAUAUGGACAAUGUGAUUGUGCUUGCACUCCGAAGUUUUAUUCUCACUUUUUCUUUGAGCAUUACAGCAUUCAUAGGAGAUUGGCUUUGAAUGGGUGAUUUUGAGGCAGUCACCACGGAAAAAAUGUGGUGGUGUGGCACGUGACGUGGGCGAUUCUGAUUUCAUGUCAGAAUCGAUUGUUGUGAAAAGACAGGGGAAGAUACCAUUCAAGGGGAAAAAACAGAAUGUCCAUGGUAUGAAGGAAAUGGUAGUUGACACUACGCGCCUGGCAUAUCGUUCUAAUAUAAAUUGGGUUAUCAAAACCGUGCUAGAAAUAAAUUUGACAGCAGCCCAUGAAAGACAACUACGAAGAACACCAUUUUGGGCAAUGAUUAAUUCCAUCCGCAAACACAACUUGUCGCCAAAUGUGUAUAAAAAAUGCGAUGAGACAGUGUUCCAAAUACUGCAAACAUACAAUCCUGAGGAUGAAAAAUUUUACAUUAGGGGGAAAGGCGUUCCAUUGCGCCGAAGCGAUAUCCGACUCAUUUUUGGCAUUCAGUGCGGCGUGGAGCAGCUUGAUUUAGCUCAUGGGUCAAGGCCACCGUCUGAUUUUAUUCAGCGUCGUUACUGUAUUGUGGGGAGGAUAUCAUGCAAAAAAAUUAAAGAACUGUUAGAUGAUGCAGUACAGGGAAAUAGUGUUAAUGACGAGGAAGAUGUCGUGAAGCUACUGUCGUUAUAUAUAUGUGCGAAACUGUUUUUUACAACGACUGGAGAGUCUAUCGGGUGGGCGUUCGUCCGAGUUAUUGACAAACUAAGUACGAUACAGUUGUAUGAUUGGGUUGUUGCAGUACGUGGCACGCUAAUUGCAUCACUGAACAAGUAUCAUGAUCGGCCGGAAAGGGUAACCGGAUGUGUUGUCGUUUUACUCUUUUUCAUUUGUGAACACACCAACCUUAUGGAGCCGGAAUGACAGAGUGUGCUGCCAAGGUUCUGCAGAUGGAACAUUGUAAAUUUGACGACCAAAAUGAAAGGGGUCGACUUGAGUAGCGGAAGACAAUUUGAGGUAAGGUGUGGUAAACUAGAGGGGGCAAUUCUUGAACGGUACAAAGUUGGUACGACAUUGGUUAGUGGUGAAUGCAUGGGGUCAGAAACCAAAGUGCUCGACGUACAGCCAGUGUUGGUACAUGUCAGUGUGCCACAUAAAGAUGUUGGUGCUGAUGUUGUAGAGGCAAGUUUGAACUGUUGGCAAGUGGACUCAUUUGCAGGGGUCCAUGUUGAGAAAGCUGGAAUGACGGACGAGGCAGACACAGACGAUGGAGGCAGCAAGUGUGUUACGAAGCGUGCAUUUGGCGCGGUUGUAGGAGGUGAAGGGUGGCCAGUAUUGUUCCCAAAUCUGCUGGAUUUGUCAAGCACGCAACCAGCUAAGGAUGCAGAUACAGAAGCAAGCAGUGGUAGCAGUAAAAUGAGUGCAGUGCGUGACAGAAUAGCGGAGUUGGAGGAAGAAUUGAGGCAGAAAUUAGAACGUGUGCGUGAACUUGAAUGUAAGGUUACGAGCAUGGAACGCGCACUUGGUUCACAAGCUGCAAAUUUGUGUAUGGGGUUCGAAACUGUUAUCAGUUUGAAGGAUGCUGAAAUUGCACGUUUGAAUGCCCUAGUGUCGGAGAUGAAAACGACAGUAGCACAGUUGGAGGACCAAGUUGAUAAGUACGAGGCGCACGAGGUAACGCAGCUGGCUAGGAACACAACUAAAAGUCAUGGCACGUCAUCAGACGAACGGGAUGGGUGUGAGUUAACUGCACAGUGGUUUAAUGGAAACCAGACGGAUGCUCCGGUGAAUACCACAGCCAAUGUCGUAGGUAAAAGUUCUGAGUUGAACGAAGCACGCAGCGUUGAUGGUGAUGUAGGUAACACCUUAGGUAGUGGGCAUAACGUAAUGGUGGGGAGCAGGGAUGGAGUUGUAAAUCAGGGGUCAACGUUAUGUGCCAGGGUAUGGACUCCAGUGGAGGAAAAAAAUAAAUGCAAUUCUGCUGGCACAGGUAACACAGCAGCAACAGCGAACAAUUCGAACAUUAAACAUGUUCUUGAUCGGCCAGGCAGUGAUGUGGUGGACAGGGUAAUAGACUUUGUGAAUAUUAAGGAACCGAACAUCACAUCAUUGGUGCGGCGUGUGAAGAGCAAAGCUAGGCCAGAGUAGAGGUUACAGGAUUACGAGUAUCCUGGGUUGGUGAAGCGUUGUAAACAGUCAAAAGAUGAGGGUAAUAU